UUGAUCAAGGAUCGUUAGUGGUGUAAAACGUACUUUUCUUAGUUCUCAGCUCUGUAAAUUGGGGUGCGGUGUGUUUUGUAAAUUGUGAGUAAAAGUUAAAGUGAAAAAUAGUAUAAACUAUUGUGUUUUUGGUGUAAGGUGUGACAAUCUCACCAGAUCACCAUGAGUUACAUGCAGUCUAACCAAAAUAGACCAAUGUCUCAAAGCUACCAUCAGGGUCCUAAUGACCUGCCCAUGCAGUCUUCUAAAGAACAGACUUUACUAUGGCAGCAGAAUUCAUACAUGGGAGACUCUGGCAUUCAGUCUGGGGCUGCUACACAGGUUCCAUCACUGACAGGUAAAGAGGAGGAAGAAAUGGAUCUGUUUGAUUUGGAUCAACCCUACCAGGGUUUUACACAAGAGCAAGUUGAUGACAUGAAUAAUCAACUGAAUCAUACUAGGUCCCAAAGAGUUAGAGCUGCCAUGUUUCCUGAAACUUUGGAUGAAGGUAUUGAAAUCCCUUCCACACAGUUUGAUCCUAAUCAUCAAACAGCAGUUCAACGUCUGGCAGAACCUAGUCAAAUGCUCAAGCAUGCUGUAGUUAAUCUUAUUAACUAUCAAGAUGAUGCUGACCUUGCAACCAGGGCCAUACCAGAAUUGAUCAAGCUCCUUAAUGAUGAAGACCAAGUAGUAGUAUCCCAGGCAGCUAUGAUGGUCCACCAACUAUCUAAGAAGGAAGCAUCUAGACAUGCUAUUAUGAACAGUCCUCAAAUGGUAGCUGCCUUAGUGAGAGCUAUAUCAAACUCUAAUGACUUAGAGACUACCAAAGGAGCUGUUGGUACCCUACACAAGUUAUCACACCACAGACAAGGUUUACUUGCUAUUUUUAAAAGCGGAGGUAUUCCAGCACUUGUAAAGUUGCUCAGUUCUCCUGUAGAAAGUGUUCUUGUCUAUGCUAUAACCACCCUUCACAACCUUUUAUUACAUCAAGAUGGAUCAAAGAUGGCUGUUAGACUUGCAGGUGGUUUGCAAAAGAUGGUUGCACUACUCCAAAGAAACCAUGUCAAAUUUUUGUCAAUUGUAACUGAUUGCUUACAAAUUUUGGCUUAUGGUAACCAGGAGAGCAAGUUGAUCAUUUUGGCAAGUCAAGGACCUAUUGAAUUGGUCAGAAUCAUGAGAUCUUACGAUUAUGAGAAGUUGUUGUGGACUACUUCUAGAGUUCUGAAAGUUCUUUCAGUUUGUGCCAGUAACAAACCUGCUAUAGUUGAAGCAGGAGGAAUGCAAGCUUUGGCAAUGCACUUGGGAAAUCCAAGCACAAGAUUGGUUCAAAAUUGUCUAUGGACAUUGCGAAAUCUAUCAGAUGCUGCUACAAAAGUUGAUGGUCUAGAAAGCUUAUUGCAAUCUUUGGUACAAGUAUUAGCAUCUUCUGAUGUCAAUGUAGUGACAUGUGCUGCUGGUAUCCUUUCCAAUCUGACUUGUAACAAUCAGCGCAAUAAAGUAACUGUGUGCCAAGUGGGAGGGGUUGAUGCACUUGUGCGCACUAUAGUCAGUGCAGGAGAUAGAGAAGAAAUCACGGAACCAGCUGUUUGUGCACUGCGUCAUUUGACAUCCAGACAUGUGGAAUCAGAAAUGGCACAGAAUGCUGUUAGACUCAACUACGGCAUGCAGGUGUUUGCAAACACGAUUAUAGUAAAACUGUUGAACCCACCUUCCCGUUGGCCAUUGGUGAAAGCAGUGAUUGGUUUGAUCAGAAAUUUGGCUUUAUGUCCUGCCAAUCAUGCCCCAUUGAGAGAACAUGGUGCCAUACAUCAUCUUGUACAGCUGUUGAUGAGAGCUUUCCAAGAUACACAGAGACAAAGAGCAAGUGUUGCGAGUGGCGGCAGCCAACCUCCUGGCACAUACGCAGAUGGUGUGAGAAUGGAAGAAAUUGUGGAGGGUACAGUGGGAGCUCUUCACAUUCUGUCAAGAGAGUCCCAUAAUCGUGCCAUAAUAAGACAGCAGAUGGUUGUACCGAUAUUUGUGCAGCUACUCUUUAAUGAUAUUGAAAACAUCCAACGUGUUGCAGCAGGAGUGCUUUGUGAAUUAGCAGCUGAUAAAGAAGGAGCUGAGAUGAUAGAACAAGAAGGAGCCACUGCACCCUUGACUGAGCUUUUACAUUCAAGAAAUGAAGGUGUUGCUACAUAUGCAGCAGCUGUUUUAUUCAGAAUGAGUGAAGAUAAACCGCAGGACUAUAAGAAACGACUGUCUAUGGAGUUAACGAACUCCUUGUUUAGAGAAGAGAACCUCUGGAAUCCAGACCUAGGGAUGGGCCCUGAUUUACAGGAUAUAUUGAGUCCAGAUCAAGCUUACGACAAUAUGUAUGCACAAGGUCCCCCCAGUGUUCAUAGCAGCCACGGCGGUAGGCCUUACCAGCAACAAGGGUAUGACCAGAUACCCAUAGAUAUGCAAGGUCUAGAUAUUGGCUCCCAUGGAGGCGGAAAUGGGUCGACCUAUAGCGCAAUCGACGCCAUGGAUGUUACCAGCGGGGAUCCGGAUCUUAACUUCGAUACUAUUGAUCAACUUCCCACCCCUCCUCAAGAUAAUAACCACGCCGCAGCUUGGUACGAUACAGACCUGUAAAUCAUUCAUUUCUAAUAUUCGUUUAUAUUUUGUUACGAGAUAAUUCGAUAUUUUUUCAUUUUUAGUAAUAUUAGUACAUGUAGUUUUUCAUUGUUUUAUAAAUUAGUGGUGCUAGAUGUUCAUUAUAAAGAAUUGAAGCAGUUGAAGAUGAGGUUUUUCUGAAUUAUACUCAUAAGAGAAUUGAGAUACUGUCAUAAUAAAUUUAAUAGGCAAAGAUGAGAAGUUAUAUUUCCUCUGUUUUUUUUAAUUAUCAAAGGUAAAAUACUUCAGAGGUAGCUGCUCUCUGCGGAAGUUACAUAUCGACAUUACAAAACAACGUUUUUGUAUUCUGGUUUAACUGUUUUGUCACUUUAAAUCCAUUUUCUUAGAUAUUUCAUAUAUACUUUUUUUCAGAGCCUUCUUUCAGUGCGUAACAAUUUUUCCAUUUCUUUCUAACGCAUUAAGUUGGAAGUGACAGAAAAAAGGUACGCCCGCAAUUAUACACAUUUAUUCUAGUUAAUGAUAGAUGGCGCUAUAAUAAAAAAAUCAUUUACGUCAAAGAACAGAACUUUUUAUAAAUGCAAUAAACACGAUUGAUUUCUGUUUAUACCAAAUUGCAAAUAAAAUGGUUUUCAUAUUUGGCUGAUUACGAUUCUGACCUGACAACUGUCAGAUUUAAUUAAAAUGUCAUUCAAUGAUUCUCUUCAUUCUUAAAAUCAUAUAUGACGUCAAAAUUACUGGAAUGUUGUAUUCAUAGCCAUUGAUCAGGAUUUGUUUCAGCAUAAAAGUUUGGUAGGUUGUUGAUCUUUCCUUACGAACUCCUCCCUGGUAUUCUCCUAGGCUCUUCUCCAAAUCUUCACUCUCAUCUUUUUUUUUCAGCUUUUUUUACACUCUUUAUCGAAGCAGUGGUUAUUUUUUUUAAAUAUUUCAGUUGUUUUUAACCAGUUUACCAGUCUCAACUAUAGACCAAUCAUGUACGCCAAUGCAAUUACCAAAGAAACCGUACGGAAAUUCAAACUCCUAUCACGACAAAAAAAAAAGCGAUUUAGCCAAAACAUUUAGUACAACUUCAUCUUGCAACGUGUUUUCGUUUUGGGAAUCCACUGCAAAUACGUACCAUAACAAAUACUCGUAUGGAAUUAAAAUGGACUUGGAAAGUGCUUACGGUAACGUCGAUACCAAACACUUGUGUCAAGUAAUCAGAGCGAGCAACUUUCUAGACUCAGAAAAAUGAUUUUUGAUUCAUCACGUGGAAAAUCAGAACUUUAUUUUAUUCUAAAGAAUAAAUUUCAGUGGAUUCACGGUCUCCUUCAAGGGGGUCAUCUUUCUGCCGAUCUGUGUUGUCUUUACCUUAGCAUUUUAGAGCAAAAACAUUUACAAUAAUGUAUGACAAAUGGUUUUAGAAUACAUCGCAUUGCUGAUGAUUAUUUAUUUUGUUCUCCGACCCGCGAAACAGCUGAAUUAUUUGAACUCACGUUUAAAAAACAUUUUUCAGUGAAUGAGUCUAAAAUACAAAGAGCAUUAGAGGAAAACAGUUGCGAAAUUCUACAUUUUGGACAAAUUUUAAACUUUGAAACGAAAUAAAUGCGCAAAUGUUUUAGUCAAAAUAAAUGUUCGACACACAAUUCAAAUUUUGGGAGUCUAAAAACAUUUAAGGAGCGUAAGCAAAUUAUGGAAACUGAUGUAAAUUUUCGACUAACUAAUCAUUAUGUUAAACCUUUCAUAUUACAGAUUAAAUAUGAUUUAUAGAAUAUUUUAAAGGUAUGGUUUAUGUGGCCUACAAGUUCGACCUGGCUGUAACAGCAGUUUCUACAUUAAAACAAUCAUCAAAUGAGAUGCCAUAUUUAUUACGCAUAUUCAAAAAUACUCUCAUAGUCCAUGCAAGAAAAGUUUGUAGAUAUACAAAGAAUAAGUGGGAAUAAUUGUUUUGGAUAAAAACCUCCACAUACAAAUUUAUCAGUUCUUUAUGAUGACAUUAAAAGAUGCAGCUAUUUACACUGUUCUUAAUUGUUUUAUAUUAGUUUUUAAGGAAGGUAUCUACCAUUUUAUUGUGGCAAUCUAUAGGAUUAUAUUUAUCUAUUAUAUAUCGUAAUGUUGGAUUCUUUUUGACAUAGCCGAUAAAAAUAUCUGGAUCAUAGAAAUGACACUAAGUAUUGACUGAAAUUUUCUCCAGAUAAUUUUUAUCUGCAUAUUUAUAAUUUCUUCCCCUUAGUGGCGCGAUGCAUUUAAUUUUAGCAACUUGACUUUUUUAUCUUAUCCAACAUAUUUCACUAAGUCGGUUGUUGUUGAUGAAACAACUUGGAUAAAGGUGAAACGUUGUUCUAAAUUAUUUAUCAUUAAUAAUUUUGUGUCGUAGAAACUUAAUUAUUAAGUAAGAAAGACAGUAUUUAUAGAAUAAAAAUAUGUAUCAAUAGGAAAUAGCUUUUUUUGAUAGUGAUAAGUUAUCAGUAACAAAUAUGUUUUGUUUUUGGGAACGAAAAUGUCUCCCUACUCUUUCGUCUUUCGCACAAUUUUAAUUUCUUUUCUGUAUGAAUUAUUCUAAACGUUUUUCCGUAUACAGGGUAGAAUGUUAAUUACAUCAAAUAAAGGCACUGCCUUCGUUUAAUACUGCAUGUAAUUUAAUAGAUUUAAUUAAAUUUCUGAUUGUA